GCUGACAAUUGUCGCAAUGCUCUCCGUCCCAACCUGCUUCCAUCGCCCCAAAGAGCGCCAAGAGGAGUCCGACCAAGCGCGUGAACGUUUCCACGUAGCCGAGUCGGAUCACCUGACCCUCCUCAUGGUCUACACGCAAUGGCGCGCCCAAGGCUAUCGAGAUGCUUGGUGUGCGGCGCAUUUCCUUCAUGGGAAGAUCCUGCGCAAGGCAAGGGAGGUCAGACAACAGUUGGAGGAUAUUCUGAAGCAGUUGAGAUUGCCCCUCGAAUCGUGUGGGACGGAUUGGGAUAAGGUGAGGAAAUGCCUUGUUGAGGGGUACUUCCAUCAGGCGGGGAAAGUCAAGGUGAGUUGUACGCGCCUCCCCACCUCACUUCCAUCGAUGUUUUCCCCUGCUAACAGCAGACUCGCCCUCUCUCUCCUCUUUCCCCCUCGACCCGCCCUCUCGCCAGGGCGUCGGAGAGUACACGCACUGUCGCACGGGCGUGCCUAUGCAGCUCCACCCCACAUCCGCCCUCUACGGUUUAGGCCACCUGCCAGACUAUGUAGUCUACCAUGAGCUAGUCUACACCAAGUCCACCUUCAUGUCAAGCGUGACCGCCGUCGACCCACAAUGGCUCGCAGAGAUUGGGGACGUCUUCUAUUCUAUUCGAGGGCAGGGCGGACCGACGAAGAGUAGCUCCACUGCAGGGGGAGAAGGGAGGAAGGAGGAGAUAGAGGACGGGUUCGCGCAGAGUGUUCUGCAGAAGCAGAGAGGGGAGGAGGAGGAGAGGAGAAGGGAGAGGGAGAGGAAGGAGAGAAGUCAAUCCAUGGCUAUUGUGG